AUGGUAAAAAUCGGAAUUGUUCAACUUAGCAGUGGCGAUGACAAGGCUGCAAAUGUUGCCAGAGCUGCUGAAAAGGUCAAGAAAUGCGCCCAGGACGGAGCAGAAAUUGUUGUUCUUCCAGAAAUUUUCAAUGGACCUUAUUCCACAGCUAAAUUCAGAGAAUAUUCAGAGCCAGAAGGUGGGGAAACAUGGCAAAGGCUAUCCAAUAUGGCAAAAGAGAAUAAUAUCAUAUUGAUAGGUGGAUCUAUUUCAGAAUUUUGCGAAGACAAGAUUUACAACACAUCAUACAUAUUCGAUCAGCAAGGUAAGCAAAUAGGAAAGCAUAGGAAGAUGCAUAUGUUCGAUAUUGACGUAAAAGGAGGACAAAGAUUCAAAGAAUCUGAUGCAUUAACACCAGGAAACCAAGUUACAGUUGUUGACACAUCCAUUUGUAAGAUUGGCGUAUGCAUUUGCUUUGAUUUCAGAUUCCCUGAACUUGCAAGGUUAAUGGCACUCAAAGGCGCUAAAAUGAUCAUUGUUCCUGGUGCAUUCAACAUGACUACUGGCCCAGCACAUUGGGAAUUACUAUUUAGACAACGUGCUGUUGAUAAUCAAGUCUUUACAAUUGGAUGUGCACCAGCUAGAAAUACAGAAGCUUCUUACGUUUCCUUUGCUAAUUCUAUAGUUGUUGGACCGUGGGGAGAUGUCAUUUAUAAUGCUGGAAUUGAAGAAAAAGCAGAAGUCGUUGAAAUCGAUUUGGAAAAAGUAGAUUCAAUAAGGCAGCAGCUUCCACUUCUAUCUGCUCGUCGCACAGAUGUAUAUGAAAUGAAAGAAACAAAAUAA